CACUCACCCCUCUACAUCCUCCUUUCCGCGCUCUCUCUCGCUCUCUCUCUCUAUCAUACACAAACACUCACCCCUCUACAUCCUCCUUUCCGCGCUCUCUCUUGUACAUCGCCAGCCUUGUUGCAGACUGUGUCAGGCGAAAACUGCCACAGAACUGAGGCAUCCAUGGAGCGCUCCGUCCUAUCACAACAUCCACGACGCACAGCAACACUUCCGUGUGAAGUAAUAUAGAAGACAACAUCGCAACCUACUCAAGAUAGAAUACCAACAUCGUCUUUCACGCGUCGACAACCCACCUCUUCCAUUGUGUAACUUUCCGAACCCCUCUUCCUCCCCGCUUCCUUCGACUCCUCCGCGUUCCCUGUCCGGGUUCCCAGAAACUCUGUCCCCGUGAAAACGUCUCCAUGGAUGGGAUAGCCUUUGGCAUGAUGCCCGGGACUGUCCCGGUGCGGUGCGGAGUAAGCCGCUUCAAGGGAGGCUGAACCAGCGGAAGACCAAAGCUCAGCGGAAAAAGCGAAAGGAGUUGUUCGGUGGGCAGAUGUUCUUCAUGGGGGUGCUGCUCGCUCUUGUAAAAGGGCUCUCGUGUUUGGUCGAGAAAGCAGGUUAUGACAUCUCCAGCCUUACUACUGAGGAGGGUGCCAGAUGGGAGAGUCGGAGGCUACUACAGGAGUCCUGGGACAACGAGACAGACCUUCUGUUGGACCCCCCAUCCAAAAACUGCACUGAGCCAGCGUUACAUGAAUUCCCCACAGACCUGUUCACCAACCAGGAGCGCACAGAGGGAGCUGUGGCCCUACACGUCCUGUUUGCCAUGUACAUGUUCUAUGCACUGGCUCUGGUGUGUGACGACUACUUUGUUCCCUCUCUGGAGAAGAUAUGCGAGCGUCUACAUCUUAGUGAGGAUGUGGCAGGUGCAACCUUCAUGGCAGCCGGCAGUUCAGCUCCUGAACUCUUCACCUCUGUUAUCGGUGUGUUCAUCACUAAAGGGGAUGUGGGGGUAGGCACGAUCGUGGGCUCAGCUGUCUUCAAUAUCCUCUGCAUCAUUGGAGUGUGUGGAAUAUUUGCUGGCCAGGCAGUGCAUCUGUCUCGUUGGUCUCUUAUGAGGGACUCUAUGUACUACACCCUAUCCAUCACUGCUCUUAUCGUGUUCAUAUAUGAUGAAAAGGUUUCAUGGUGGGAGUCUCUGACACUGGUUCUAAUGUAUUUCGGCUAUAUUUUGAUAAUGAAGUUUAACUCGAACAUUGUGCAUUUCCUGGAGAGGCGGAAGAAGAACUCGUCCAGCCUGGGGAACGGCACAGCCAGUAACGCUGACCUGGAUGACAACUGUGAUGCCAGCGCUGUCCUGCUGAAGAAAACUAACUUCCACAGAAAGCAGUCAGUGUUGAUGGUAGAUGAGUUGAUGUCAGCCUACCCCCACCAGCUGUCCUUCUCUGAAGCCGGCAUGAGGAUCAUGAUCACCAGCCACUUCUCCCCUCGCACACGCCUCUCCAUGGCCUCACGCAUGCUCAUCACUGAGAGACAGCGUCUGAUUAGCACCCGGCCGUUCACUAACGGAGACUCAGAGGUCACAGUGAAGGUCGGCAGUAGACGGGGCCUGGAGAACGGAUUGGGUGGGCCUGAAAGGGGAGACAAAGGUCGCUGUGGUCACCAUGGAGAGGACGACAGGGGAGAUGUGGAGGCCGGCAACGAGACUGAAAACGAAAACGAAGACAAUGAGAAUAAUGAGAACGAUGAAGAGGAGGAGGACGUAGGGGAGGGACCUUUUGUGCCCUUUCACGUCCCAGCUGGGUGCUGUAAUAAGAUCAAGUGGCUGUUGGCCUGGCCUCUGUGCCUGCUGCUGUUCUUCACGGUGCCUAACUGUGCCAACACUCGCUGGGAGAGAUGGUUCAUGGUCUCCUUCGUCACUUCCACCCUCUGGAUUGCUGGUUUUUCCUAUGUCAUGGUUUGGAUGGUGACAGUGAUCGGAUUUACUCUCGGUAUCCCCGACGUCAUCAUGGGCAUCACCUUCCUGGCAGCUGGCACCAGUGUCCCUGAUUGCAUGGCCAGUCUUAUAGUGGCACGGCAAGGUUUUGGGGACAUGGCUGUGUCUAACUCUAUAGGCAGCAAUGUGUUUGAUAUCCUUAUUGGACUGGGCCUUCCCUGGGCCCUGCAGACUCUUGCCAUCAACUACGGCUCCUACAUUAAACUGAACAGCAAAGGGCUCAUCUUCUCUGUGGGACUUCUGUUGGGGUCUGUGUUCCUCACAGUCCUGGGGGUACAUCUGAAUGGGUGGAAACUGGACCGUCGUUUGGGCCUGGUGUGUCUGCUCAUGUACAGCAUCUUUCUCUGCUUCUCCAUCCUCAUUGAGUACAACGUCUUCACCUUUGUCAACCUGCCUACCUGCAGAGACCGGUGAGACCCAGUUCUCACUCUCCCUUCUCUUUCUCCUCCCCAUCCUCCUCCACUCUCCAGGAGAUGGUCCGGCUUGGGAGGGAUCUGUCUGCACCUCAGAUAUUUGUAUUAUUAUUAUUUUCUUUAUGGUCAGUGCAAUAAGGAGUAGUGUGUGUGUGUGUGUGUGUGUGUGUGUGUGUGUGUGUGUGUGUGUGUGUGUGCGUGCGUGCGUGCGUGCGUGCGUGCGUGGUUUAAAGAGGAGAUCAACUGGGCACACAUGCAGGAGCACAAACUGACUUGUAAAAAGCUUUCACAUAGGACGCGUGAACAAAGCUAUUGUUGUCGACUACUGCCUACUUUGAUGUGAAGAUUUUUAUUUGUUUAGGACUUUUGUAAAGGUGUCUGAAACUGCAUUAUAGUCUACCGUGUGAUUUUGCUGACAAUUUCUAAUGUAAUGUUUAUUAGCUGCUAACUGGCUUUGAUGAAAGCCGGUCUUAUACGAGUCUAUAAUGUGCAGUGGAAUAGUGUUGUUUGAACAAUAUUAAAUGAAAUGUUUCCCGCUUUGUAAAUACAUGCAGGCAGAUAUUCUAUUUAUUAAUUUAUUGAAUGUUAUUAAUUUUAAAUCCAAACCAACCCGGUUGGUCUGGAAGAUGAGCUCAUUUUGGAGAUGCUGUCUGUAGAGAGUAGUGACACCAACAACCCCUUGGCAUGUUAUGAGACUCCAGUCUAAAGUCACUUUUAGGGGAAACAUCCUUUCAACAUUCCUUUGACUCUUGCAAAAGAGGAAUCUCUACUAAAGGUAUUCUGAGCAUUUACUCUAUGACGGACUUGAUUUAGAUCAUCACACGAAGAAAAUGCAUCCUUAGCAAACUCAAACCUAUUCAGUGAGACUGCACUGAAGUAUAUCAUAUGUGGUGUCUGUCCAAGGUGGGAGACGGUCUCUGUUUCAAUGACAAUGAGUGUCCCUACUUGCUGAUUAUUAUGGCAAUCUGGUCAAAUGAAGCAAACUUUGUGAAACGGUAAACUCCUUUUUUCCACAAAUGGAGCUCAAGAGAAUAUGUGCUGCCACAUAGAGGCACAACCAUGAACUACAGCACAGUAUUGGAUUCCUACAGACCUUUUCUUGUUCCAAGUCACUUUUUAGAAAAUGUACAUUGCCUAGAUGGACUUCCUGUAUAAAGGAUGGAUUUCCUGUUCCACCGACACACAGAGGAAAUUAGGCAUUUCUGUACUAAUGAGUACUCCCAGUGUUAUGAUUCAUAGAGGUAGAGAUGCACUUUAAAUAAAGCAUCAGAACUUUGGCUGACCUGAUGUUGGUUGAGCUGCGGUAAUUCAUUUUUUGUAAUGCACAAUGUUUAGAUUUGUCCAGAUGGUAGGUUGUGCUACAUUUAAAUCAGUUCUUAUGUCCUUUACGCCUUUAGUUUUGGGGAUUAUAUCAGACGUAAUCUGUAGACAUGCAGGGGAUUCUAGGACACUUGUUCAAGGCAAGCCAACCAGUCGUGCGUUGAUUGAAUGUUUGCUAUGUUAGUAACACCAUCCAUCGCACCUUUAUUUGACGUUUACAAAAUAUAUUUAUCUCACCACUGUAAACACACAGCAGACUAAGGGCCCUAUUCAAUCCGCAUCGCGGAAGUUCAGUUUUAAAGCGGGAUUGAAAUUUAAAGGCAAUAUUCCCGCUUUAGCAGAUCUUACAUUAACAGUAAACGCUGCAUAUAGUCGACUCAAUCGGGAAUUACUUUUACAUUUCUGUUGCGAAUCUGUAACGCUUCAGUUUUACAGAUUGAAUAGAGCCCUAAAACCAUCUGUAAAAACUAAGAUUUUUCAUUUGGUAGUUUUUUUUCCAUAAAUGCAAAUAACACACAUUUAUUGGAGAAGAAAAAAACUUGCUUUACAAACUGCUCUGAAUUACAUCUUGUGAACACUCAUUUUAUGGACCAAUAACACAAUAUCUCAAAUACAUAAAUGAUGAUUACAAAAAGUCUCAAUGUACAAAGUAUUAGGGUUGCAUUUAUUUUGAAGAAUGUUUAUCGUUUGUUUUUUGUUCAUAUAUUUAUUUGUCUUGGGAAAUGUGUAGAGACGGAGCCCAACUCUAAUGUCAAAGGAAAACAGGGUUUUUAAAAUGUAAAAUCAUUUAUAAUGCAAUAAUGAUGAGCUGUACAAUGUAAAUAUGUUCAUUUGAUUGAAGGCACAUUUCUAGAUGGUAUGUACAGUUGCACAUCACUCUGUCAAGAGAGUAAAAUGUAUCUUGUAGGGCAGACUAAAGUGGUUUACAGAAGUCUGCACUGGAAGCUUGAUAUGAAAAGUGACUUAUAUACAUAUCUACCAAGCCUAUAAGUCAAAGACUCCUAACUAGUUCUAAUUGGCCAAUAUCAUACAAAUAUCCCCAUGCAGCAUUCAAUACAUUAAGUUGAAAAGAUAUCUUCAGUGGCACAUCCAACUGAAAUGUUAACCAGUGACAUACUCUUCCUUAGCCAUAAUACCAUUGACAAAUAUGGUCAGAUGUCAUGUUGUGCUGCUGUUCAUUUGUCCCUGGUUUGAUGAGGAUUAUAAUCUGAAAACAGGUACUAUACAACACAGGAGGUUGGUGGCACCUUCAUUGGGGAGGACGGGCUCGUGUUAAUGGCUGGAGCAGAAUUGGUGGAAUGAUAUCAUAUAUCAAACAUGGUUUCCAUGUGUUUGAUGCCAUUCCAUUUGCGCCAUUCCGACCAUUAUUAUGAGCAGUUUCCCCCCCCCAACUCCUAUACCACCAUGUGCUUGAAAUUCACCAUACUAUCACCAAGACUCAUAUCUGCAGGUGAGCGGUCUUGAAGAAAGGAAUAUUUUAAUAUUUUGUGAAGUUCACAUGGUGAUAUAUUGCUGAUGUACAUAUAUACAUACAUGUAAAUGUAUUUAUAUAUUUUGUCUUAAUCUGUAUAUUUGUUCAAUAUAUUUUCAUAGAUAUGAUCUUAGGUCCCCCUUGGUACCCUCCUCAGUCCUUUGUUUUGUUGUGUUUGAGAUUUUGAUAUCACCUUGUCCUUUGUUAACUUGCAUGGAUAUAUUUUAAUAUAAUACAUUAUGUAAUGGUAAUUAUAAUGUAAUUUGAAUCAGAAUGAUAUAUAUAUUAAAGAUGGCACUUAACUUGGCUGUUGAACUGGACCUCCUAGAUGGCUGCAUGUUGUUUCUGAUAGGAAAGGCUAAGUUUGAUGAUGUAAUGUUAAUCAAAUAACCUGAAGUAUGCCUCCGGAACAGGGAGGUCAAAACAGAAUGGUUUACUUUGUGUGCCGAUGUUUCAGAUGUAAUUUAGAAUACUUUUGGUACUUCCGCAUAAAUAAAGUAUAUUUGCUUAAGGUAA